AUGUCGUCGGCGGUGGCUCCGAUAUUCGGCGUGCUCGGCAGCUGCAUGGGAUGCAUGGUCUUCGUGGAAAAUAUUGCAAAGUACGGGUUUCUCCAACAUUUCCGACCAAAAAAAUUAAAGAAAAACUGGCAUUUUGUCAGUGAGACAUAAUUUUCUUAGAUACAUGAAAGGUAGUUUGUACUCUGUGUAUGUUGUGCCCAAGUUCACCCAUUUUUGGUCAUGAAAGUGACAAAAAAACCGGUUUUUCAUUAGAAAAUGCAAUUGUUUUUUGGGUGAUAAUAAUCGGUACAAAGUUAUGUGUUUCUGUGGUUAAUGAAUUGUGGUGUGUGGACAGAGCUGGCCUUGUCCUGGACUUUUGGCCCACUCGCAAUGAUCCGAUCGGGCCCAAACUUUGCAGGCUUCUUGGACUUGGAUUGAAGUGCGUUGGGUCCAAGUUUCAGCCCGAUCCGAUCAUCUGGAAAUCGGAGAAAGCAAAAAAUGCGAUUUUCUACAAGAAUCUUUGCAGACAAGAGCCGGCGGCGAUGAACCUGAUGACGUUCUCCACAUUCCUCUUCAUCGCCACGCACGGACUCAUUUUCACGUCGAAAUUCUUCACGGUCGCCAAUAGAAUUCCACUAAAGUGAGCGCUUUUUUUUUGGGAACAUUCUUCUGUAUUUGCUCGCGAAUUUUCAGAGGCUACGUCUGGACAGUCAGCAUGUUUUUCAUUGUGAACGUCGUCAACAAUCAGGCGCUCAAUUUCCACGUUCCCGUGCCGCUUCACAUCAUUUUCAGAUCGGUAGGCGAUUGGAAAAAGUGCAUGAAGUGUCGUCAGAAAAUUCACAAAAAAUUAUGUUUCAUAAAAACAAUGCGAAUUGAUUCACUCCUAAAAAUGACCAUUUUCCAGGGUUCCCUGCUCGCGACACUCCUCCUCUCGGUAUUCCUGAUCGGAAAACGGUACUCGGCGCGAAAGUACAUCUCAGUGUUCGCGAUCACAGUCGGAAUCAUCGUGUGCACUCUGGCCACGUCGGCCCAGGGCGGCGACUCGGGACUGUCGUACGAGGAGGCGUCGAAGCACUACAAAGAGUGGUCGAUCGGCAUCGGCAUGCUCACUUUCGCCCUUCUCGCCUCCGCCUACCUCGCAAUCUGCCAGCAGCAAAUGUACGAGACGUACGGAAAACACCCCGAUGAGGCCAUGUUCAUCACGGUACGGGUGACGAAAAAGAAACGAGCAAAAUGAGCAAUUGAAAACAGUGAAAGUUCUUCCAGCAUUCAAAUUUUUGCGACUGUGCCCCGAUACUACCUUUCAAUGCCAAAAAUCAGGCAUUUAAUUCGGAGGGUACAAAAAUUAGGGGGUACAAGAGGGUACAAAUUGUUUUGGGGUACAAAAAGUCGAGGGUACAAAAUUUUCGAUUCUAGGGUACAAAAAUUUACCGAUUCAUUAGGCAUUAAUUAAGGGGUACAACUUUUAUGAUUGAAGGGUACAAAUUUCACGAUUUUGGGGUACAACAAUUUUUUCCCCAUUUUUUCAUGGGCAUCAAUUCAGUGAAUGUUUUUAGUUGUUUCACAAAAUUUUUUUACUCCCUGAAUGUUUUGUACUCCGAACCGCUUGAUCAGUUCCAGAGAUGUUUUUUAAAUGAGAUUUCAUGAGACCCUUCGAAGCGUUUUGCUUCCGAUAGACAGUGGUUCAAACGGCGACCCCGAAAGACUUCGAGCCUUGGGUCUGAUGAAAUGUCUAGUUGAAACUUAGACAGCAUAAUAAUUGUAAGAUAAGCGAUGUGAGAGGAACAACAAGGUAGACAAAUCAAUUUAUUGGAGAAAAACUAGCGAAAAAUAACACAGUUAAAAAUCAACAGAAGAGCCAAUGGCAAAAUGCGAACCGUGAGCCGAGCAAUGUAUAUUUUAAGAAGAUGUGAAAAUCAUUCGAGAAAAUCAUUCGAAAUCAUUCGAAAAUCAUUCGAGAAAUCAUUCAAAAAUAUUCGAAAAUAAUGCGAUAUGUAUUUUCAGGGCAAGUAGAUGCUAAAUUGACAAGCAAAAAUGGAAAUAGAGUGAAAUUGUUGAAAAAUAAAAAAAUGAAAAAUUCUGAUAUUCAAUUUAAAAACGAAUGAAAAAAACUGCUGAGAACUUCAAUUUCUAAAAAUUCCAAAUAAUUUUUAGGAUUGUUUGAGGGCCGCGCGAGGCUCGCGGGUCUCGCUGCGAAAAGAGAAAACUAGUCCGCGGAUUGCGCGGCCACAAAAAAAAAUUAAUUUUUUUCCCUAAAUUACAAUGUUUUUACAGCGUUUUAACUCGUUUUGCUAUAAAAUCCGUAUUUAUCUGUGUCAAAUUUCAACAAUUCACUUCAUUUUAUGCGAAUUUCGCAGCAACUUGGCCUAAUUCACUAAUUUCUUCUUGAAAAAUUUGUUAUGUUCCGAAAUUUAAAAAAAAAACACUUUGAAGAAUAGACAGACACCUUUCGUUGGUUUUCAGGGCACUCGGACAAAUGACUACUCAGGCUGAUAAUGAAGACGGCUCAGGUGAUUCAGAACAAGAUCAAUUCUGGAUAACAGGGCCGAUCUUCAAAAGUUUCAAUGUGAAGCGCAUUAAAAAUAUUGUUGAGCAGUGGUACAGCUUCGUCUCAAUUCAGUUGCAUCAGUUUUGAUUUCAGCGUUAACCUCGUUGAUCCGAAACUGUUUCAACUACCAGUUUUUUUGAAACCCCGUGUAUCAAGUUCGCUAAGUUCUCGUUCACAGAUAUCGACGACAAUCUGCCCUGGUGGAAAGCAGAGAAUGGUAAUUUCGUUACUUGAAAUUUAUAGACAAGAACAACUAACAAAACAUUUUAGGAAAGAGGCAGAGGCCACGUCCGAGAACUGUCACGGUAGGUCUCACACAAUACAAGUACUAUAAUUGUGUGUCUCCUUUCCUACCUGAUUUUAAGAAAUAUGUAAGUUUUAUAUCAAUGAUUUCUCCGUAAAAGUGUGCUCACAGGUUGCUUUCGAUGCCGACAAAUCUUAUGUUGUGUUAGUCUAUCUUUCCACAUCAGGAACAGUGGACUACUCGGCACUUGAAGCGUGCCGGAAGCCGAAGAUAAACGGUACCGACUCCAUGAGUUAACAUGAGAAUGACAGUAUUUCCGAUGUUUCAGAAUUUAUGAAAGUUUCGAUGCAUGACGCGCUGGAUGGAAGAAGCGUGAGAGAAGCUCAUCGUUAUCUUCAAGCGCGCUCAAUCAAUGUGAAUGAGCAACAAGUAAGAUUAUGAAUAUGAUUUGUCCCAACGAAUUCUUUUCCAGGUAAGAAAUCAAUUGAAAUAUCAGCCUACCGCCAUAAAGUCGAAAAGAGGUAGAGGUUGUGUAACAACCCCCGAGAGUUUGGCCCAACUUAGUCAUUUAGAUGGAGUUUCCACUUUUACCAGUAGUCAGUUUGCUAAUUUUGAAGGCUUUUGCAUGAGCAAUCCCAACUAUACCACUCAUAAUUUCAGAAAAAGAGUUUUGUAUAGCUUAUGUCGACUUGGACUUAAUCGGCGUUCUGAUUAAAUGUCUACCAUCCGCAGAAGCGGUUGCCGUGUUUAGAGAGUCACUCACCGGAUUUAAUUCCUGGACCGAAUCAGAGUUAUCCGAAUUUUGUGGUAAAACGCGUGUCAAAUAAUUUCAAUGCGAUGACAUUUCAGAAAGACACGCGGCUAAUGCAAACAGUGGAAUCAUCAAAACUAUGGCCGGUCAAAUUCAGAUCGAUAGCACAUUCGACUUAUCUGAUAUGGUUGUGACCACUAUUUCAGCUGAUCUCAGUUGUUAUCUGUAUGUUUCACUAUUGAGAAUAUUGAUUUAAAAUUACCAACACUUCAGAACUAAAUCGAGCGGAAAGAUGAGACAUUCCAUGAUUGCAUUCAUGCUAAGCCCAUCAAAAUGUGCGGAAAAUCACGCCGAAUUCGCAAGGAUUUUGAAUCACACGUUUCUAUCUUGCGAUAUUUCAAAACAGAAAUCUGUUCCAUCAUUAAUCACCGACGGAGAAUCUGGCUUCAAAAGUUACACCAAGGUUACCCAUGGUACAAAUGGCAUGCAAUCUAAGUAUACUUUUCAGAUCGAAUACUUUAGUGAUGCGCAAAUUCUGCGUUGUCUUGUUCACCGCAGAAAAAAUUACGAAAUAGUCAACAAAAAGUUUGCAAUAACGCAGAAGGAGAAAGAGUUCGUGUUUGGAGUGGAUGUCAGUGUCGUGAUACAAUGGGAAGCAGUAUUUCAUAUUUUUUCAGAAAGGAGACGGUGUUGUGGAAGGAGGGAUUUUUAAUGAAGUUUCGCGCGAAAAAAUGAUCCGUCUUAUCGAAUCUUCGAGCAUUGAUAAAGAAAGAAAGAAAUGGCUACUGGAUAGAUCCGAUUCGCUCUAUGAGACUAACUCAUUGCAAAGCCGCCUGAGAGCAGGAUUGCUUCUCAACUAUUCGACAACUAAUAGAACGGAAUGCAUUAAUUCCAGAUUGAAACUUGAAUUCCAGAGAAAAACAGACGGUAAAUCAUGUGCGGAAAAGCUGAUCAAGUUUAUAGAUGGUACCAUCCUUUUUAAUUUACUCGCCUAAAAUCACUUUUUUAUUUCUCAGCUGAAAAACGGGAGAUGUGCAAGGCGAUUUUAGACGACAACAGCGCAGUCAUUUCGUUCGUCAACCACACCAGCUGCAGAAACGCGUCAGCUGAAAGACGAGGAUGCAAACUUUUAGAGUGUGGACUCAAAAACAUGUCCUUGCCGUUUAUCAUGGAAAUUCCAAGCUCUUUAGCACACUGUAUAUAUAUAUAUAUAUUUUGCUAGAUUCUUAAAAUUUACUAAUGUUCUCUUGCAGUAGUCAGUGGAAUAAGCGCGAAGAGUGUGUUUAAAAGGAAGGUUAUCUUUGUUACUGACGAAGAAGCGGCAGUGGAAGAAGAUAAAUCACGAUUCGUACGAGUCAAAUUAGAAGAUGACUGUUAUAAAUGUGGUGAUAAGAAAUGCAGUUCCAAAAGCGACAAUUUAUGCGUUCACAUGUUUGUUAUUGACUUCAAAUAACCAAUCAAGACGCAUUAUUUUUCAGUCUGGCCAUUCUCAUGAAAAUGCCGACGAACCGUUCGAAACUCAUCUACAAAAAUAUGGAAGACCGUAUGAAUCUGAGGACACGGAAAGAAAUUUCCAGAGGUCUCAAUGAUGGAAAAGCAUCGAAGAGAUUUCCCGGCCGACAGUAUUCUACUCAAUCACAUUCGAACGGGAGCCGAACUGUUCAUAGGUUAGAGGGAUUCUUCUCAACUUCUCGUAAUGAUAGUUUCAGUUUUGUGCCUUCCGCUCCUCGGCCUUCGCCUUCAUCUGUCACCGAUCACGCAGAUAGUGACGACAGAACCAUCGGAAAAACAAGUUCAGAAAAGAGCAGAGCGGAUUCGGUCGCUUCCAGCGAUUCAAAUGAAUACGCACUACUCAAUACUUCUAAUGCGUCGGCCGUUGUCCAUCCAGAACUCUCUUUCAACGAACUUGAUGCAACGCCGGAUUUCGAUGUGUCUCAAUUAUCGUCUUCGGACGUUCAACUGCAUGAAACGCUUGCCUCCACCGACAGCUCCGACAGAGAAACACGUUCAAAGAGUGAAAAACGACGUGUCAAAGCGGAUUCGGUCGCUUCCAGCGACUGUGAAGGAUACUCGCCACUCAAUUUAGAGUAAAAACAAAAAUAAUAACAGAAUAAUUUCUUUUUUCAGAAAAAGACGAAAAAAAUUGAGACGGUUUCAAUCUGAACUUCGAAUCGAAAAGAGUCGCGGAUCGCCAGUUCAAAGGUAAUAUAUUCAAGUUACGUACCCUCUGGUUACACAUGUUCAUAACGGCACAAUGAGGUUGAACAUUUACUGAAUUGAACUCUCUUUGCAGAACUCAACGGAAACGAGUGACGAAAAAGAUCGUUCAGUCCGACUUGAUGCACACGAAGAGUUUCUAA